CACAGCUCGACACUCCUGAGGUCAUCCAUGAUGACUGCCCUCUGUGAUCGCACUCUGUGAUUUCAAGAGGGUGAUAUGGCUUCCAUGAGGCCACAGAGAUGUGUCGCGACGGCCUUGCGCCAGCUCACGACCGCCAGCACUGGGGCAAGCGGUCGCUCUUGGGGCCUUUUGCGAACAGCUCAUGCCACCGCACCCCAUCGAAACCCAGCCUCGCCGUCGACCCUUGCGCCGCAGAGAUGCCUUCACACGAGCCCUCAUCGUGCCAGUGGCGCCUCCAAUCCCGCCAUGUCCUUCCCCUGCCUCGACGCGGUCGAGAGCAGAUCCGCAACCCUCGAGGCCCGCGCCUCCUCGAGCGGCCCCGAGCCAACAUAUACCGUCGGCGAGACCCUCAAAUACCACUGCGAUACCCCUCUGCUCCUCGACUGGGGCGGUGUCCUCCCCGAGUUCGACAUUGCAUAUGAGGCAUGGGGGACCAUGAACAAGGAAAAGGACAAUGUCGUCUUGCUGCACACCGGCUUGUCUGCGUCCUCCCACGCCCACUCCACCGCGCUGAAUCCCCAGCCCGGCUGGUGGGAGAAGUUCAUCGGACCCGGCAAGGCCUUGGACACCGACAAGUACUUUGUCAUCUGCACAAACGUCCUGGGCGGCUGCUACGGCUCCACCGGCCCCAGCAGCAUAGACCCCGCCGACGGUCAGCAUUACGCCACGCGCUUCCCCAUAUUGACCAUCCAGGACAUGGUCAGGGCCCAGUUCAGGCUUCUGGAUGGCUUGGGCGUCGAGAAGCUGCACGCCAGCGUCGGCUCGAGCAUGGGCGGUAUGCAGUCACUCGCAGCCGGCGUGCUGUUCCCCGACCGGGUCAGCAGGAUUGUCUCCAUCAGUGGCUGUGCUCGAAGCCACCCAUACAGCAUAGCCAUGCGUCACACCCAGCGGCAGGUUCUCAUGAUGGACCCCAACUGGAACAGGGGCUUCUACUACGGCAGAGUGCCCCCGCACCACGGCAUGAAGCUCGCCCGAGAAAUCGCAACCGUCACGUACCGAUCCGGCCCGGAGUGGGAGCAGAGGUUCGGUCGGAGGCGGGCAGACCCGAGCAAGCCCCCCGCCCUGUGUCCAGACUUCCUCAUCGAGACAUACCUGGACCACGCCGGCGAGAAGUUCAACCUGACAUAUGACGCCAACAGCCUGCUGUACGUGAGCAAGGCUAUGGACCUAUUCGACCUGGGCCGCGAGAACAGGAUGCGCACAAUCGCCCGGCGUGCUGAGCGGGAGAACGAGUUCGCCUCCGGCGCCUCCUCAGGCUUCGAGGCCAGUUGCAGCCUGACACUGCCAGACCUCCCAUACGAGGAGCAGCCCGGGACGAGCGAGGGCACCGUCGACAUCCAGGAGGCGAUGAGCGCCAAGCCUCCCGCUGACCUUGUGUCUGGCCUUGCCUCGUUGAGAGACCACCCCACGCUUGUCAUGGGCGUUGCCAGCGACAUCUUGUUCCCUGCCUGGCAACAGAGGGAGAUUGCCGAGACGCUCAGGUGCGCUGGCAACAGGAAGGUGACACAUGUCGAGCUGAGCGAGGAGCAGAGUCUGUUUGGUCAUGACACGUUCUUGCUGGACCUGCAAAAUAUUGGCGGAAAUCUGAAGAAUUUCCUCGGUUGAUUGAUUGAUAGACCCUCGCCGCUUUCCCUACAGCGGCAGGAAAAGCACAGUGAUUAUAAUUUGCUCUUUCGUCGCAACAAGUCUUUGUUCAGUCCUUACACCUUGAAUUCCAGCCUUGAAUGACAAGGCUUUCCGCGAGAGGAAGGCUUGCUGUAUGGCCUGGAUUCUUGGGUGUUGUUUGUUGACGCCGCGCAUCCUAAGGCCGACUUGAAGCAACGGCUCUUUCCUAGAACCUCCCUUGGUGGCUCAGGAAGGCUGAACGAUCCCCGCCGUCGGGGAACACUUGUUUCCAAAGAACAUACCGACUAAUCGAUGCGAGCCGGCCAGCAGAUCGGACGACGAUAGCACUGCGAGGGCCUCACCCACCAGAGGAAUGAAUCAAAAGGGGCGCCACCCCGACCGUAUGGCUGAUGCUGAGAUAUCAGGCGACAGCAGGUGGUGGAGAGUCUGUAAAGUCUCCUCGGAAGCUCGUAGGGUUAAGCGUUCCGCCGGCCACUGCCCAAUCUUGUCUGAAGCUCUUCCUCGAGUCAUUUUCCUAUUGCGAUUAGAACGUCGCAGUAUUCACUAUCUUCGGUCUUUCGCCCGAGACUCCAUCACAUAACAAUUCACCGAAUGAGGUUGGAGACAAACGCGCUGGCGUUCAGCAUCCGAAUAUAGGGCAUCUUGCUCCACUUCAUCCAAUGGUGCCCCCCGACUCUGUUUUCUGCGCCAAUGUCGGUAACUCUCGACGCUUUGCAGGGCCAUCUCGUACCGGCCCACAUGUUCCGGUAUGAGUUUGCUCUGUACACAUGAAUCUGACUGGUGGCAGGCGCGGUGACAGGGUCGUCCAUAAGCAUCGCCUUGUGCGCGAGCGUAUAUCACUGGCUGCAGUGGGAACCUUGGCGCGAAAGGAGCGCGCCGCUGCGUGGGAGCUGUCGCAACCACGCUGUGUGCCUAUCUACAACAUGGCAGCGUUAUUGAAACACAAACAUAUAUUCGUUGAGUUCUGUCCGAGUCUGAUGAGUGGUUCGGAAAGAGGUAGCAUGUUCUAUUCACUAGUGACUGGUGGUAUCCUCCACCGCUACUUUGUAGCAAUUUUCAUUAAGCACAGUACACAACACG